ACAAAACCCAAAGCCUAAACCACUACCGUCCCAAUCGCGCAUCGCGAGAUGCUCCUCUCACAUGCUCGCCGCUGUUCUCUCCGGCGACCACCUACACUCUUCCUCCCCCACCCCCCCGUCUCCCCUUCUCUUCCUUCCGAAACCUCCCACAGGCUGAGCUCUCCAUUUCUAGGUUUUCACAGGCACUCAUCUUCCAUACCCAUCACGCCCGUUGCCUACCCCCCAAAGCCCAAAGAAUCACCUGAGGGCGACGAGAACAAACCCUCUUCAACCGACGGAAAACCUUAUCCGAUAAGGGAACUGGAACUGAGAGAAAGGACCAUUUCUUCCCCGAAGGAAGCCGGAGAGGUUUCACCUGGCUUUGAUCGGCGGGGGUGGACUCGACGGGACGUGCGUUUUGUGAAGGAUGUCCCGAAGAUAGCUCCGGUUUCUUAUCCAUCACGUGUGGCGCCGCUACCGGAGGACAGGACGGCGGCUCCUGAUGCUGCAGAGGGAGACUUUGCACAGGGGGAUCUCCAGAGUGAGGCAAGGAAGAUCCAGUCUGAUGCAAGGGUGAGGAGCUAUUUUGGAUUGACGCAGGAGGAGAUCAUCCCAUUCCCGACACUGAUUAAGCUGGAUAAACGACCUACGAAGGUUCCCAUUGAUUUGGCCGCCGCCAUACGUGAGGUCAAGGGUAAUGCUAAGAGAAAUUUUCUCGAAUCAGUCGAGGCUCAUGUAAACCUGGGUGUUGAUCCGCGUCGAAGUGAUCAGAUGGUUCGUGGUGCAUUAACGCUACCUCAUGGUACAGGAAAGACUGUUAGGGUUGCUGUAUUUGCAGAAGGAGUAGCAGCUGAUGAAGCGAGGGUUGCAGGUGCGGAUGUUGUGGGUGGUGAUGAGCUCAUCGAGGAGAUAAAAGCUGGAGGAGGUAAAAUAAAGUUUGAUAAGUGCAUAGCAACUCCUAUGUUUAUGCCUCGUUUGUCCAGGAUUGGUCGGAUUCUUGGUCCGCGUGGGUUGAUGCCAAACCCCAAGUUAGGAUCUGUGACAAAUGAUGUCUCUGCUGCUGUAAAGGCGGCAAAAUGUGGACGUGUAGAUUUUAAAAUUGAUAAAACUGUUAUUGUCCAUGUAGGCCUUGGGAAGGUCAACUUCACUGAGGAGAAUUUACGGGAAAAUAUUGGGGCUUUUGUGAAUGCACUUUUAGUCGCAAAACCUGUGGGCCUCAAGAAAACAUCAAAAUAUGCUGGUUAUGUGAAGAAUUUCACAUUAUGCAGCACGAUGGGCCCAGGGUUUCCUGUGACAAUACAGUCAUUAUCUGCUGCAGCAGAUCUCUACAGCAAAAUGCAAGCUAAGUAAUACUUCUUGUUUGUUAUGCAAUUUACUAUUUUAUUUGUAGGCCUGGAGAAUAGAAAAUUUCAAUUUCAGAUGUUGGAAAAAAUUCAA